AUGACAAUAGAUCAAUCAUCAGAUCAUGUUAGGAUCACUAAACGAAAUCAAUCAAUACGGAAUGGAUUUUCAAAGCUGAAAAAUCUAAAUGAAAUUGAAUUAUAUGGAACUGUUUGUUUAGUACCCUAUGUUGAUAAAAAUAUUAAAGGUCAUAUAAUUAAAAGUUGUCAAUCAUAUAAAUUUCUUGCUACAGUUUUCGAUCCAAGAACUUCAAUUGAUUUUAAAAAAGAUGAAGUAUUUGAUAUAGUUAAUGAUGGUGGGAAUAUUGGAUUUAAAAGAAUUUCAUUACAAAUGAAGAUUAAGGAUUAUCCAACAUUGGGAAAUAAACAAGAUCUUGAAGAUAUUAGAUUAUAUCUUAAAUCAUCUGAACAAAUUGAAAUUAUUCAAAUAUAUAUGAAAGAUAAUUUACAAAUAUCAGAUUUUUUCAAUUAUUUAAAUAAAUUUGGUAUACCAUAUUCAGAUUAUGAAUUAAAUAAAAAAACAAUGCAAAAAACGAGAGAUGAUAUACCAAAUUUUUUAAUUAGUACAAGUCAUAAAUCAAAUUUACCAAAUAUGAUUAAAUUAUUAAGAUUUUAUUCAGAAAGCUUAAAAAUCCAAUCAAAUGAUUAUUUUAAAUUGGCUUGUAAAAUUAAUCAAAAAUUAAAAUCAAAUUUAUUUAAAAUUAAUGAUUCAAAUCCACAAAGGAAUAUAGUUUAUUUCUUUGAACCAAAUGAACCAGGAGCCACAACCAUCAAUAAACUAAAUGAAGAAUUAUAA